GGCGCCCCGUUCUCUUUCCGCCCGGGAGCGGCAUGUGGCGGCGCGGGCGGGUAGCGCGUGAGGAGCGCGGCGCGCGGCGGCGCCGGCCCCGCUAGCAGGGAGCGCGCUGCCGGCAGCGCGAGGCAAAGGCGGGAAGGGAAUUGGGAGCGGGGCGGCCCGAUCCCGAUCCCGAUCCCGAUCCCGGAGCGCGGGGCGGGGGCGGCCCCUGCCCGUCCGCCCAGGCCGGGGACGCGGUGGGACCCCCGGGCUGGGCCGGGCCGGGCCGGGCCGGGCGCUCGGGGCUUGGCCCGCGGGUGCCCACGCGGCUUCGCCUUCCCUCAGGCCGCGGCCAUGCUGGGGGGGGACGAGUUCAUCAGCUCCCCGCCCAGGAAGACCGUGCGGUUCGGCGGGACGCUCACCGACAUCUUGCUCAAGUACCAGAAGGGUGAGACCACAGAUUUUGAGCUGUUAAAGCAUCAGCUGUCAGAUCCAGACAUAAAGGAUGCCCAGAUCAUUAAUUGGCUGCAUGAAUUUCGAGCUUCUGUUGUGUAUUUGACCAAAGACCUUGAACAACUGGUCAGCAUUUUGCUGAAGCUGCCCUGGUUGAGGAGGAGCCGAGAGGUGGUGGAAGAAUACCUGGGUUUUCUUGGCAAUCUCGUGUCAGCACAAACUGUCCAUCUUAGGCCGUGCCUCCGGAUGAUAGUAUCACAGUUUGUCCCCCCUCGAAUAACUGUCAGAGAAGAUGAUGUGGAUAUUUCAGAUUCUGAUGAUGAUGAUGAAAACCUUUCUGAGAACUUUAAUACUUGCCAUAGAGCAUUGCAAACCGUUGCAAGAUAUGUUCCUUCGACACCACAGUUUCUCAUGCCAAUACUUGUGGAAAACUUCCCUUUCAUUAAUAAAUCAGAAAGAACUCUGGAAUGCUAUGUCCAUAACCUGUUACGAGUUACCGUGUACCUUCCAAGUCUGAGGCUUCAAAUUCUGGAGCUUAUUAUUGAAAAGCUGUUAAAGUUGGAUGUUAGUACUCCACAGCAAGAGAUUGAAGAUGCUGAAGAAACUGCUAAUAGCUCUGGUAGUGAGGAGAAGUCUCCAGAGGAAGGACUUUUUGACAUGCUGCCUGACUGCCAUUUUGUGUGCCAGGAGGAGGAUGAAGAAAGAAGAGGAAACACAAUUGUCUCUUCUAGUAGUGAGAGAAUGGCCCAUCCGCUUGCAGAGCGCCUUGAUAUUUUGAUGACCAUCCUGUUUUCCUAUAUUAAAGAUGUUUGCCAUGUGGAUGAUAAGCUUGAUAUCAACAAGACAAAGGAUUUGUAUCGGGAUCUGGUUUCUGUUUUUGACAAGCUCAUUUUACCAACCCAUGCUUCGUGUCACGUACAGUACUUCAUGUUUUACAUCUGUAGUUUUAAAUUGGCGUUGGCUGAGGCAUUUUUAGACCAUCUUUGGAAAAAGCUGCAUGAUCCAAACAAUCCUUCGGUGAUCAGGCAGACUGCUGGGAGUUAUAUUGGCAGCUUCUUGGCGAGAGCUAAAUUUAUUCCAGUUGUCACAGUCAAAGCAUGCCUGGAUCUCCUGGUGAACUGGUUGCAUAAAUACAUUGAUAAUCAGGAUGCGGGGGCGAACGCUUACUGUGAUGUAGCUCUCCACGGGCCGUUUUAUUCUACAUGUCAGACGGUGUUCUAUACGCUUAUUUUCCGUCAUAAGCAACUUUUGGAUGGAAACUUAAGGAAAGGUCUGUCCUAUCUGCAGAGUUUAAAUUUUGAGCGCAUUGUCAUGUGUCAGCUGAACCCCCUGAAGAUUUGUAUACCUUCUGUUGUGAACUUGUUUGCUGCCAUUACCAGGAAAUACCAGUUGGUAUUCUGCUACACAAUUAUUGAGAGGAACAACAGGCAGUUUAUUCCCGUUGUUCGAAGCGGCACCGGGGGUGACCUUGUGCAGACGUGCACUAACCCACUGGACAGUUUCUUCCCUUUUGAUCCAUACAUCCUCAAAAGAUCAAAGAAGACUAUUGAUCCUUUUUAUCAGUUUUGGGAAGAGCUGAGUGCUGAAGAUCUUGAGAAUCUGAAGAAACCCAUUAAAAGGGGUACUUCUGAAGAUGAAGAUGAUGACUUUCUGAAAGGGGAAACCCCUCAAAAUGAUGGUGAGGUUGGGAUUGCUCCAAAUUCUUUGUGAAUGCCGUUGCUGGAGCGCAGCGAGCAGCACCGCGGGCGCUCCAGACUGCGGUGUGCGCACCCCCAGCGGCGUGGAGAAGCAGAAGAGAAAGGUGGAAAAUUGUGUGCAAUUUUUUGCUCUGUAAAGAGACUUUAGCUCAACUUUCCAAACUGGCAGACGUUAUAUAACUACAUUUAAGAAAAAUUAUUGUUUCUUAAUCAUCAGAUUUCUGCAGAUAUGUUAUGAUAAAGUCAUAUGUUGCUAGAAAAGCCUAGAGAAUAAAUAAGGGUGAUAUUUUACAA